CCAGGACAGAGCUAGAACAGAGUAGGAGAAAUGGGACACUCUGCAAAGGGUUUACUAAAAAAGAAAAAAAAGGAGGGGGAUAUCGUCUGCCUAUCUCUUUAGGACAAUUCCGUGGGAAAACUAAUCCAGGCGAAAGCCGUGCUCCUGCCUCUGGCAGGGCCUCUGGAGCAGAAGGAGUCCAGGCAUCACAACCAAGUAAGGACUGGGGCUCCGAGCUCUCCCCUGGCUAUCACCUCGCACAUAAUUCCGCCAGGCUCCCAGAGGGGCGGUUGAAGCUACAGCCCAGCGCGCCGCGUAACCAAUAGGAAGCCAGAUAUCCCCGUCUGUCUCCAAUCUCGUCCAAUCGGCUUCCGGAACUUUAGCUUGUUGGCCAGCGCCUCCGUUGUCCGGGAAGCUCUUUUAUGGGUCAGUUCUCCUGUGCUUCUGAUUGGCUCCUCUUACCGAAGCUUGCUGCAGGCCCCAGAAAUAACUGCCCUCGACAGCAGAUGCUGUGACUGGGGCAGACGCGCUGGGGUUUGUCCAUGCUGGGGAGGAGUCUUCCUUUCGGGUGUGACUGCCUUCAUCUGGGCAUGCCUGCAGUACCCUGGGCCCAUGGACCUGAAGGAGAAGCAUUUGCAGGGCGAGCCCCCCGUGGCCCUGGGCCUCUCCACCUGGAAGGCCCUCAGUGUCCUAAAGGAGCAGCUGGAGGCUGUGCUGGAAGGACACCUCAAAGAGCAGAAGAAGUAUCUAACCUGGAAGGAGGCCUGGAGAAGCAGCUUCCUGCACCACAGUAACCGCUGCUCCUGUUUCCACUGGCCGGGUGCCUCACUUAUGCUGCUGGCUGUGCUGCUGCUGCUGGGCUGCUAUGGGGGCCAGCCGGCCGGGAGCCAUGGGGUGGAGCUGGUGAAUGCCUCUGCGCUGUUCCUGCUGCUGCUUCUCAACCUGGUUCUCAUUGGGCGGCAAGAUCGGCUGAAGCGCAGGGAGGUAGAGCGCAGGCUUCGGGGAAUCAUCGACCAAAUUCAAGAUGCCCUCAGGGAUAGCAAGGAAAUCAAGUGGCCAAAUGCCCUGUAUCCAGACCUCCACAUGCCCUUUGCCCCAUCCUGGUCUCUGCACUGGGCCUACAGAGAUGGACACCUCGUCAACCUGCCUGUUAGCCUGUUGGUGGAAGGUGACAUCAUAGCCCUGAGGCCUGGCCAGGAAUCCUUCGCCUCUCUGAGGGGUAUCAAGGAUGAUGAGCACAUUGUCCUGGAGCCAGGAGACCUGUUCCCUCCCUUCUCUCCCCCGCCCUCGCCCCGGGGAGAAGUGAAGAAAGGGCCACAGAACCCCCAGCAGCACCGGCUCUUCCGUGUCCUGGAGACCCCUGUGAUUGACAACAUCAGGUGGUGCCUGGACAUGGCCCUGUCCCGCCCAGUCACUGCACUGGACAACGAGAGGUUCACAGUGCAGUCAGCAAUGCUGCAUUAUGCUGUCCCCGUGGUCCUGGCUGGCUUUCUCAUCACCAAUGCCCUGCGCUGCAUGUUCAGUGCCCCUGGGGUCACCUCCUGGCAGUACACUCUCCUCCAGCUCCAGGUGAAUGGCAUGCUGCCCAUACUCCCGCUGCUUUUCCCAGUCCUCUGGGUCCUGGCGACUGCCUGUGGUGAAGCCCGCGUCUUGGCCCAGAUGAGCAAGGCCUCGCCCAGCUCCCUGCUGGCCAAGUUCUCAGAGGACACUCUCAGCAGCUACACAGAAGCCGUCUCCUCGCAGGAGAUGCUGCGCUGCAUUUGGGGCCAUUUCCUGAGGGUGAUUCAAGGGACAUCACCAACACUGAGCCACAGUGCCAGCCUGCUGCAUAGCCUGGGCUCUGUCACGGUUCUAUGCUGUGUAGACAAACAGGGGAUCCUGUCAUGGCCAAAUCCUAGCCCAGAGACUGUGCUCUUCUUCAGUGGGAAGGUCGAGCCUCCUCAUAGCAGCCAUGAGGAUCUUACAGAUGACCUGUCCACCCGCUCCUUCUGCCAUCCUGAGGUAGAGGAAGAGCCCCACGAACGAGAUGCCCUCCUGACUGGCUCCCUGAGCAACACCCUGCACCUUUCCAAUGAGCAGGAGCGCGGCGACUGGCCUGGUGAUGGUCCCAAGCCCCCCGAGGCCUACUCUUACCACAAAGCACACGGCCGCAACAAACACCCAUCUGGCUCCAAUGUGAGCUUCAGCAGGGACACUGAGGGUGGCGAGGAAGGUCCUGGAAAGGGCCACCCUGGCACAGAGGCCGAGCCCUAUGAAGCAGAGGACUUCGUGUGUGACUACCACUUGGAGAUGCUGAGCCUGUCCCAGGACCAGCAGAACCCCUCCUGCAUCCAGUUUGAUGACUCCAACUGGCAGCUCCACCUUACUUCUCUCAAGCCCCUGGGCCUCAACGUGCUGCUGAACCUGUGUAAUGCCAGUGUCACUGAGCGCCUGUGUCGCUUCUCGGACCACCUGUGUCAUGUUGCCCUGCAGGAGAGCCACCGCACUGUGUUGCCUGUGCACGUGCCCUGGGGCCUCUGCGAGCUGGCCCGCCUCAUCGGCUUCACUCCAGGGGCCAAGGAACUCUUCAAGCAGGAAAACCACCUGGCGCUCUACCGCCUCCCCAGUGCUGAGACUGUGAAGGAGACCUUGCUAGGGCGGCCAUCCUGUGUCACCAAGCGGCGCCCCCCACUCAGCCACAUGAUCAGCCUCUUCAUCAAGGACACUGCCACCAGCACAGAGCAGAUGCUAUCCCAUGGUACUGCUGAUGUGGUCUUAGAAGCCUGCACAGACUUCUGGGAUGGAGCUGACAUCUACCCACUUUCAGGAUCUGACAGAAAGAAAGUGCUGGAUUUCUACCAGCGAGCCUGCCUGUCUGGUUAUUGCUCUGCCUUUGCCUACAAGCCCAUGAACUGUGCCCUGUCCUCUCAGCUCAAUGGCAAGUGCAUUGAGCUGGUGCAGGUGCCUGGCCAGAGCAGCAUCUUCACCAUGUGCGAGCUGCCCAGCACCAUCCCUAUCAAGCAGAACACCCGCCGCAACAGCUGGAGCUCCGAUGAAGGGAUCGGGGAGGUGCUGGAGAAGGAAGACUGCAUGCAGGCCCUGAGCGGCCAGAUCUUCAUGGGCAUGGUGUCCUCCCAGUACCAGGCCCGACUGGACAUCGUGCGCCUCAUCGAUGGGCUGGUCAAUGCCUGCAUCCGCUUCGUCUACUUCUCUUUGGAGGAUGAGCUCAAAAGCAAGGUGUUUGCAGAAAAGAUGGGCCUGGAGACAGGCUGGAACUGCCACAUCUCCCUCACACCCAAUGGUGACAUGCCUGGCUCUGAGAUCCCUCCCUCCAGCCCCAGCCAUGCAGGCUCCCUGCAUGAUGACCUGAAUCAGGUGUCCCGAGAUGAUGUGGAAGGGCUCCUCCUCAUGGAAGAGGAGGGUCACUCCGACCUCAUCAGCUUCCAGCCUACGGACAGUGACAUCCCCAGCUUCCUGGAGGACUGCAACCGGGCCAAGCUGCCCCGGGGCAUCCACCAGGUGCGGCCUCACCUGCAGAACAUUGACAAUGUGCCCUUGCUGGUGCCCCUCUUCACUGACUGUACCCCUGAGACCAUGUGUGAGAUGAUAAAGAUCAUGCAGGAGUAUGGGGAGGUGACCUGCUGCCUGGGCAGCUCCGCCAACCUGAGGAACAGCUGCCUCUUCCUCCAAAGUGAUGUCAGCAUUGCCCUGGAUCCCCUGUACCCGUCCCGCUGUUCCUGGGAGACCUUUGGCUACGCCACCAGCACCAGCAUGGCUCAGGCUUCCGAUGGCCUUUCUCCCCUGCAGCUGUCAGGGCAGCUCAAUAGCCUGCCCUGUUCCCUGACCUUUCGCCAGGAGGAAACCAUCAGCAUCAUCAGGCUUAUCGAGCAGGCUCGGCAUGCCACCUACGGCAUCCGUAAAUGCUUCCUCUUCCUGCUACAGUGCCAGCUGACCCUCGUGGUCAUCCAGUUCCUUUCAUGCCUGGUCCAGCUGCCACCACUUCUGAGUACCACAGACAUCCUGUGGCUAUCCUGCUUUUGCUACCCUCUGCUCAGCAUCUCUCUGCUGGGGAAGCCACCCCAUAGCUCCAUCAUGUCAAUGGCUACAGGGAAAAACCUUCAUUCCAUUCCUAAGAAGACCCAGCACUACUUCCUGCUCUGCUUCUUACUCAAGUUCAGCCUCACCAUCAGCUCGUGUCUCAUCUGCUUUGGCUUCACGCUGCAGAGCUUCUGUGACAGUGCCCAGGCCCGCAACCUCACCAACUGCUCCUCUAUCAUGAUGCGCAGUAACGACGAAAGGGCUCCAGCCUGGUUUGAGGACUUUGCCAACGGACUACUGUCAGCUCAGAAGCUCACAGCUGCUCUAAUUGUCCUGCACACUGUCUUCAUCUCCAUCACCCAUGUGCAUCGCACCAAGCCUCUGUGGAGAAAGAGCCCUUUGACAAACCUUUGGUGGGCCAUGACAGUGCCUGUGGUGCUGCUGGGUCAGGUGGUGCAGACAGCUGUGGACCUGCAGCUGUGGACACAUAGGGAUAGCCGCAUCCACUUUGGUCUGGAGGAUGUACCCCUGCUAACAUGGCUCCUGGGCUGCCUGUCCCUAGUCCUUGUGGUGGUCACCAAUGAGAUUGUAAAGCUGCACGAGAUUCGGGUCCGCGUCCGCUACCAGAAGCGACAGAAGCUACAGUUUGAAACCAAGCUGGGCAUGAAUUCUCCCUUCUGAGCCAUUGGCCAUAGCAGCCACCAUUGCCCUGGUCCCUGGGGCAAAAGCCAGCCCAUUCCUGAGUCUGAGGAAUUGGUAAAUGUUUCAGGGUUUGCUCUUGUGCCCUGUGGCAUCGGAGGUCGAGCUCUGGUCCUUGGAGACACUGGCUUAAUGAGGAGAAGUUAAGGAGUUGUGGCCUUGACCAGACAGGACCAUCCUGGCUCUUCCCUGGCCGUGCCAGGGGCACUCUUGAAUGUAUGACCUCAGGCACUGGGUAGAGGGACUGUCAGUCCCACCUGGUGGGAUGCCCUGCUUCAGGGUCCCCUGUCCCAGUGCCCUCUGCUCUUGCACUUAUGGCUCAGCUUCAAAGCCAUGGGCAAGGGCCUUAGCCUUUUUUGGAAGAGCAAUGGCUGCUGCCGUUUGGCAAUGCCACGCCCCCCUUGACCCCCCACAUCUUGUCUUCCUGGGGUAAGGCCUGGGUGUGGCCCCGAGGACCUCUCCUCUAGAGGGGUCUCAGGCUUGGGCCUGAAGAUGCAGAAGGGCCCCCACCUUGCCUGGAGCCUCUUUCUGUGCCUGCACUCAAAUGCCUGUAAGUCAGUUUUGGGGGAGAUGGCCCAGGUCUCUGUAGCCCCGCCCUUGUUCUCCUGGGAGAUGUUUUUACUGGUGUAUAUUUUUUACUGGAAAUGAACCUUUUAGGAAUGAAUGUAGGCUGGUUUAUAUUAAAACUUGUAAAUUGCUUAAGAAAAACCUGUGGCUGGUCCAUGAGGCAGCUACAAAAGGGUAGCCAUGAAGUGGUCACCCCCAGGCUGCAGGCACUGAGCCCUGAAGGCGAGGACUCAAGCCUUCCUCAGGCAGGUGCUCCUAGAGCCAGCUCAGGGAAGACCCUGGACUUGGGUCCAUGGCACAGAUCCAGACAGACAGCCCAGUCAUGUGGAAUGACACUUUCAUUGGUGUUAGUGAGGGAAAGGUUAAUGGUUACAGAGCCAGGGCCUGGGCCAACUGAGUCGGGCCUCCAGUGCUGAGUUGGGCAGCAGGUGCCCCUGCUGUGGUCUGAAGGCCCUCCCACACUGCGUCCUCUCAGGCAGUUAAUAGAUAGAAUAAAUUCCAUUUAAAAUA